UCCGUCCAUGAGAUUGUCCCAUGAUGGGAGUCGGGGGCCUCGGCACCGCGACCCCAAGCUGAAUGUGCCAAAUGUGCGUAACGUUUUCUUACAGUUGGUGGAAUUCGCCUCUCUCUCUCUUUUCUAUCCUCUCUCUCUUCCAUCCCCUCAAUCUCUUAACCCCCUCCUUCCCUCUCUGUCUGUCUCAUAUCACACUCUCCUCUGUCACUGUGUAGCCUUCUCCCUCUUCUCUCUACUCCUUAUCUCCUGUCCUCGUAGCGCCAUGUCGAACGAGGAGCGGACUUUCAUUGCCAUCAAGCCAGAUGGAGUUCAGAGGAGGCUUGUUGGCGAAAUCAUCAAGCGAUUUGAGCUAAAGGGCUUCAAAAUGGUGGGGAUGAAAUUUGUCCAGGCCCCGGAGUCUCUGCUGAGGGAGCACUACGCUGACCUGGAGGACAGACCCUUCUUCCCAGGCCUCGUCAGCUACAUGACCUCAGGACCAGUGGUUGCCAUGGUGUGGGAAGGGUUCAACGUGGUGAAGACGGGCAGAGUGAUGCUGGGAGAGACCAACCCUGCAGACUCCAAACCCGGCACCAUCCGAGGGGACUACUGCAUCCAAGUGGGCAGGAACAUCAUCCAUGGCAGUGACUCAAUAGAGAGUGCCAACACAGAGAUCAACCUGUGGUUCAAACCUGAGGAGCUUUGCAGCUACACUAGCUGCUCUACCAGCUGGCUCUACUGAUCUAGGAUCAGUUUACCAUCCACAAACCCUAACCAUUAGGACUAGGAGGGGGAAUGUAAAACUGGCCUUAGAUCAGAGACAACUUCAUCCUACUCUAGCUGGCGACUGAAGACCAUUUACUAUGGUAAAUGUGUUUGACUGCCUGUUUUGUUCAACUGAGCUUUCCAAUAAAAAAAAACUCACAACCA